AUGAAUUCGACAUUGAUUCCUUCUACACCACCUCCUAUUCCAACUUCCCCGAAUUUUUUGAAUGGUGGAUUUUUCAAUCGAGGCGAUCAACAACAAUUUCCAACACAAAGUGAGAUUCAAGAAAAUGAUGAGAAAAUUUUGAAAUGAAAAUCUUUUAGCUCCGAAUCUUCAACCACAAUUAGAACAAUUUACAAAUCAACAAAUUUUUGUUUCUCAAACCCAAGCACCAGCGUUCAAUCAAGUUGUUCAAAGUGGCCAACAAGGAAUCAACCAAAAUUUUCCGAGUCCAACUCUAAACGAACUUUACUGA